GCCUAAAUCGGCCCAAUAGCUAAACCAGACAACCCAAACCGUGUAGCUGGAACAAAACAAAAGAUGACCGUAUCGUUUAAUCACCUCCCUUGAAAUGGCAGCUCUACUCGGUAUCGUCUUCCCGGUGACCUUCCCCGGCCACGGCCAGCUCCCGGUUAAAACGCGACGGAGAUCGGUGGUUAAGUCCUCGAGCUCCUCCGACGAACGUCAGACUCUAUUCAACCGCAUUGCUCCCGUUUACGAUAACCUGAACGAUCUCUUGAGCUUAGGACAACAUCGUAUCUGGAAGAACAUGGCUGUUUCCUGGAGCGGAGCGAGAACAGGAGAUAAAGUUCUCGACUUGUGUUGUGGAAGUGGUGAUUUAGCGUUUCUCUUGUCUGAGAAAGUUGGUUCCAGUGGAAAGGUGAUGGGUUUGGAUUUCUCCUCUGAACAACUAGCUGUUGCAGCUUCUAGACAGAAGCUUAGAGGGAGGUCUUGCUACAGGUGUAUAGAGUGGAUUGAAGGUGAUGCUACUGAUUUGCCAUUUGAUGACUGUGAAUUUGAUGCUAUUACGAUGGGUUAUGGUCUUAGAAAUGUUGUUGAUAGAGAUAGAGCCAUGAGGGAGAUGUGUCGAGUUCUGAAACCAGGUUCGAGAGUAUCCAUACUUGAUUUCAAUAAGAGCAAUCAAUCAGUUACUGCAUUUAUGCAGGAUUGGAUGAUUGACAAUGUAGUUGUCCCUGUGGCUACUCUUUAUGAUCUUGCAAAGGAGUAUGAAUAUCUGAAAUAUUCAAUCAAUGGGUACCUAACAGGAGAAGAGCUGGAGACUCUUGCUUCAGAAGCUGGCUUCUCAAGGGCCAGUCAUUAUGAGAUUAGCGGUGGUUUCAUGGGGAAUUUGGUCGCUGUGAGGUAAACGAAUAGCAUUGGGUGGCACUUCAACUCCAAGAUAAACUCACUGUCUCUGUCUUGAUUUGCUUAAAGAAAAACUCUGUUUUCAAGAUGUUGAAGAUUGUACUGUAAAUGUAAAUGAUUUGUUUAUAUAUCCUUCUUUGGAUGUAUUGAGACUUUUAAAGUCAAAUGUAAUAUGUCAUACCAUUGCACA